AUGACGUUCGCGCCCCUCGCCGAGACGACUCUCUUCAAACCGCUGCAGAUAGGCGCCCUGAAACUGGAGCACCGCGUGGUUCAGGGGGCUACCACUCGAAUGCGGGCGAGCAAGGAAUCCGACGGUGUCUAUGUACCCAACGACCUCGUCGUGGAGCUGUAUUCGCAGCGUGCCUCCAAAGGCGGACUCCUGAUCACCGAGGCCACGCCUAUCAGUCGUUAUGCCGCUGGCUAUCCCGGUGUCCCAGGCAUCUUUACCCCAUCCCAGAUUGCCGGCUGGAAGCGCGUCACCGACGCCGUUCAUGCCAAGGGAGCGUUUAUUCUCUGCCAGCUCUGGCACGUCGGCCGAGCGUCCUGCCCUUCCUUUCUCGACGGCCGUCGGCCAGUGUCCGCAAGCGAUAUCCCCAUCUCAGGCAAGGCUUUGGAUGGAACGGAGUAUGCCGAUAAUCCUCCACGGCCAAUGACUGUCGAGGAGAUCAAGGAGACGGUGGCCGAAUAUGCAGCUGCAGCAAAGAGAGCCAUGGAGGCAGGCUUCGACGGAGUCGAGAUUCACGCUGCCAAUGGGUAUCUCCUCGAGCAAUUCCUCCACGACAACAUCAACAACCGAACGGACGAGUACGGCGGCUCUGUGGAAAACCGCUGUCGGUUCACUCUAGAAGUGAUCGAUAUCGUCACGGCUGCUGUCGGCGCAGACCGCGUGGGCAUCCGUCUCUCGCCGUACAACUACUUCCAGGACACCCGCGACUCAGAUCCCAAUGGACAUUGGGUAUAUCUGUGCGAGCAGAUCGCCGCCCUGCCUCCCGAGCGUCGUCCUAGCUACGUGCACAUGAUCGAGCCUCGAUUCGACGAAGUGCUCGACGAGAAGGCCAAAUUGGAUGCCCUCUCGGCUUAUACCGAGAAUGGCGUUGAGGCAGAAGCGACAGCUACCAAACGGCUGGUUGGUAGCACUCUCGACCACUUCCGACCCGUGCUGCAAAAGGCCGGCAUUAAAUUUUUGGCCGCUGGAAACUUCAACCGCGACAAUGCUGUGCCUAAGCUGGAUUCAGACGCGGCCGAUGCCAUCGUCUUUGGCCGCUGGUUCAUCGCCAACCCCGACCUGCCACGCCGCUUGAAGGAGGGAUUGCCUUUGAAUCCCUAUGACCGGUCGACUUUCUAUGGAGCGGACCCCCCUCAGAAGGGCUACACCGAUUAUCCCUUUUAUGACGACAAGGCACAAGUCGAGUGCAACAGCAUGAGCCUGAACAAAAAGACGGAUGGUGUAUGUACGUAG